UUUUGGUUUGCAAGUCAGAUCAGCAUAGGUGAAGAUGCGUCUUCUUGUUGUGUCUGCACUGCUGGUGUACGGUUUUUCUUUCGUCAUAACCAAAGUUGUAGAUUCAUUCAGCACAUGCAGUGAUUUCUUUUUAAAUGGACAGGCUCCAGUGAUUCCUGGCAUUCUGCAGAAUUCAGUCUCACAGGAUAACAAUUGCUACAAAUUAAUCUGUCAAAAAUAUCAAAACGCUUACAAAUUUGCAACUCUCUACGACACAACAAACAAGAUCCCUGUUUUCUCAGCUUAUAGAUAUACUGGAAUUUAUGGAAGGAGACCACGUAUUCCAUGGAUGAUCGAGCUGCAGUUUGAAACUUUAGAUGCUACCAUGCGUGAACCAUGUGUCAAUCAGGCCUUCCCUGGAGACUACUGGACACAGAACAAUUUGACUUGCGGUCACUUAUUUCCCAACGGCCAUGCAGCCAAUGAAAUUGCUGCUCUGUCUACAUUCACACUGACCAACACUGUGCCACAGUAUGCCAGCUUUAAUAAUGGUAGCUGGGGUAGAAUGGAGCAAACGGUUAGAAACACCAUGCAUUCUCACUGCCGUGACAAGGACAAUGCUGGUAAUAUCUUGGCAUAUGUGCUGACAGGAGCUGUGCCAAGCAAAGUCUUCUUGAAUAACAGAGUCAACGUUCCUUCCUGUUCAAAAUUUUUGAAAGUAAAUGAAGGUUAA